AACUGUUCCAAACAUGCGCCUCUACAAGUUAGGUGCAUGCUGUCGCGUCGGUUUAUUUCCAAGGACGUCUCUAUUUAUACAAUCGUCCCGAGCGCUUCCGUCGAGGCUCUUGUCAAACACAACCUCUCAUAUGGAUCAAUUUACGCAUAUUUCUGAUGUUGACGCUGAGCCUUUGCACCGGUAUAAUGAGGGUGGAUAUCACCCUGUUCAUCUAGGAGAUGUGCUGAAGGAAGGAAGAUACAAGAUAUUGCACAAGUUAGGCUGGGGUAGCUAUUCCACCGUUUGGGCAGCAGGUGAUCAGAGAUUACAAGCAUACGUCUCCAUAAAGAUUUCAGUCUCAGGCCAGAAACCUCAUAGCCGAGAGUUAGCAGUAUUGCGUGCCGUUUCGGAUGUGCCAUCUGAUACUCCUGGUCAUCGAUAUCUGAUGACAAUGCUGGACCACUUCCAGCUCGAUGGUCCAAAUGGAACUCACGACUGCCUUGUCUCGGAAGUUCUAGGCCAGAGCGUUGCCGAUUAUAUGGACGCAAGUUCCUUCGCAAGGCUGCCCGGAAACAUCGCUAAAGCAAUUGCGAAGCAUACUCUCCUUGGCUUGAGCUUAUUGCAUUCUCACAACAUAGGGCACGGUGACAUACAUACACGCAACAUAGCUUUUACCAUUCCGCAGAUAAACACAAUUCCGGAGGAAGUCUUCCUCCGGAAGCUUGGAGAGCCUGAAACAGCCCCCGUCCAUCGUUCUGAUGGACAGCCACUACUGGAAUCCCACGUGCCCAAAUACAUCGUGAGACCAACCUUCUAUCCCGUCAAGGUCAGAAGUUCCUUCGAAUCGAUCAAAAUCAUCGAUUUCGGCCAAUCAUUCCUACGCCACGAUGUCCCUCAUGAAUUCCAUAAUCCACUUGCUGUUCGGGCACCUGAGAUCAUAUUCAAGGACAAAGUUGACUAUCGCAUGGAUCUGUGGAGCAUGGGAUGUCUGUUAUUUGAACUUCUUGUCGCGCAACCGCCAUUCGAUAGCAUCAUGACGACUCCGGCGAUCCUUGUUGGUCAGAUGUUGGAUACCACCGGCGAUGAGUUGCCAGAUCGUUGGAAAGAGCAAUGGAGCGCCAUGAGUGCAGCGCCGCUACCCUCAGAAGAAUUCUCUUACACGCUGCAAGGCUGGCUGGAGGAGUUGUACUUCGAUGGGGAAGGUGGGAAAGACUUGAGCAGGGAGGAUCUGGUUAGGGUAGGUAAGAUUAUCGGAAGGCUGUUGCGACUUGAACCUUCCGAAAGGGCAUCGGCUGCGGAAAUACUUCAGGACGAUUGGUUUGCUGAAGAUUGAAUGUGGGAGGUAGUUUGUUUUAGCGAUACAUGUCGAGGUCAUUGGGACGCAACAUAAUUGAAGAAUAAUAAUCAAGAUUGUAUUACG